CUUUGAUAAUGGUACGACCUCUGCUGGUUGCACACUUCAAACUGCGUCUUAGAAAAUCUUUUAUGCAGAAGUGACUGUGAUGGAGGACACUUCUCACCAUGGUUACAUUCCUGACCGAGUGAAAAAGGCAGAAAAACAUUUGGAAGACAAUCAAUACGAUGUCGAUGCAUGGAGUGUUCUUAUUCGAGAUGUUCAGAACAAGAAGAUUGAAGAGGCUCGUGAGUUAUACGAGAAGUUGGUGUCUCAAUUCCCCAAUGCUGGGCGUUACUGGAAGCUGUACAUUGAAAAUGAGAUGAAGGCCAAAAAUUUUGAGAGGGUUGAAAAGCUUUUUCAACGAUGCCUUAUAAAAGUUCUCAACAUUGACUUGUGGCGGUGUUACCUGAAUUACGUCAAAGAAACUAAAGGAAGUCUACCUUCUUACAGAGAGAAAAUGGCUCAAGCCUACGACUUUGCUCUGGACAAGAUGGGGAUGGAUAUUUUAUCGUAUCCCAUCUGGAAUGAUUAUAUAACUUUCCUUAAAAGUGUUGAAGCUGUGGGAUCAUAUGCAGAAAACCAGAGAAUCACAGCUGUUCGUAAAGUCUAUCAACGAGGUAUUGUCAAUCCUAUGAUCAACAUCGAGCAGUUAUGGAAAGAUUAUAUUGCAUACGAACAGAGUAUUAACCCGAUUAUUGCCGAGAAGAUGACUGCUGAUCGAAGCCGGGAUUACAUGAAUGCUCGUCGUGUUGCUAAAGAAUAUGAAGCUGUCACCAGAGGGCUCAAUCGUAAUGCUCCAUCAGUUCCACCACAAGGAACUCCAGAAGAAGUUAAACAAGUUGAUCUUUGGAAGAAAUAUAUUGCCUGGGAGAAAAGUAACCCUUUAAGAACAGAGGAUCAUGCCACAAUAACUAAAAGAGUAAUGUUUGCCUACGAGCAGUGCUUCUUGUGUCUCGGACACCAUCCAGACAUGUGGUAUGAGUCCGCUCUGUUUCUGGAACAGUCUAGUAAACUCUUGACAGAGAAAGGGGACCUUAAUGCUGGUAAGAUGUUUAGUGAUGAAGCUGCUGCCAUCUAUGAACGAGCAAUUACAACUUUAUUGAAAACUAACCAAUUGCUGUAUUUUGCGUAUGCUGAUUUUGAAGAGGUGAGAACACAAGAUAACAACACCAGGGUUCUGUUUGAAAGAGUCCUUACCUCUGGUAGUCUUACAUCUGAGAAGUCUGUUGAGAUCUGGAACAGGUUUUUAGAAUUUGAGUCCAACAUUGGGGACCUAGCCAGUAUUCUCAAAGUUGAAAAACGACGUGCAUCAGUUAUUGAAAAGUUGAAAGAGUUUGAAGAGAAAGAAACAGCACUUCUUGUCGAUAGGUACAAAUUUCUAGAUCUUCUACCGUGUACUUAUUCCGAGCUAAAGGCCAUUGGUUAUCGAGAACUUGCAAAGCAACAUGCGGUAAACUUACCCACUUCAAAUUCCUCUGUUCGAGAAAAUUUACAAGAGGAGGAAGAAGAAGCGGAUGCAAAACCAAACUACCCUCGACCCGAUACCAACCAAAUGAUUCCGUUUAAACCCAGACAGAUAAUUCCUACAGGUGCACACCCUGUUCCUGGUGGGAUCUUCCCUCCUCCUCCUGCAGCUUCCGUGCUAAUGACAUAUCUACCACCUCCAUCAUGUUUCCAUGGCCCUUUUGUUGCCGUGGAGGAAUUAAUGACUCUGUUUAAAAACUGCUCCAUUCCCGAUGAGCCUUUCAAAAAUCUACAGAAUGACAUUUCCAAGGAAGGAAUCAAGUUAUUCGAGCACGUACUUAGCAUAGGGGCCAACAAUUUAUCUGGAGAGGGAGGCAAGAAACGGAAGAAUCUGGGAGACCCUAAUGCCGAAGAGAGCGACGAAGAAGACAGUAGUCUUGCACCACCAGUCAAAGACAUCUAUCGCAGCCGACAACAGAAAAGGGUGAAAGAAAAUAGCACUAUUGGAUGAGUGUGAAGAAAAAGAGCAUUUUGUACAGGAUAUUUGUCUCUUUCUCUCUCUCUGCAACAAUUUUUUCGCCGUGAAUUGAUUUUGAUCGGACCUUACACCUUUCACAGUGUAGUUUUAUAGUCCAUCUUUUUUUUCUUCUCAUUUUAAUGUAAAUAAAAGUUGACUGCGCGUAGUAAGAAGCUCCUAAUCUCUGUUAAAUUAAUUAAUCGAUUACAGUUUAAUCUACAUAUCCAUACACUCUAGCAAACAAACGUAUUCAGAUGCAGACUCACACGAACACUUAUUCGUUAAAGCAGGUGCUACCAGGAAGGGAAGUUUAAUUCCAGAAGUGUUUUAUGUAUUUGUAAGAUCAGUGUAUACGGCCUUUAUUUUAGCUACAGCCAGCCUAGACGACUUACGUUCUUGCUUGUGUUCAGUUAACAAAAAAUCGUGAAAGUAAAAUGUGAAACUAAUAUAACAGUUGCGUAGACAGUUUUUUUGAACUUUCGAAACAGGAAUUUUUCACGCACUGUCAAUACAGUUCUUGUUUUAAUUACUUCAGCUUUUAGUGAUUGGAAAAUGUGUUGGGGGAAAAAAAAAGACUGUAGAUAAAACUGUUCCUUUUUUUUCUCACAUUUUUAGCUUAAAUGUUAUUUCUGGUUGUUAUCCACCAUUUUGUUUCGAUGCUCUCUGUAUGAUUUGUCUGAAAGAAUGUGUGAUAUGUUAGUUAUGUAUGGUUUACCGCAGUCUAGUGUUUUUGUACUUUGUAUGUAUU